GAGCGUCAGCGACUGACUAUAGUUUCAGGCAGUACUUCAGGGGUAGGAAUCGAUCGAGGGUACUUGCUGUCGACAUGGCAACCGGAGUAAUUGGAGCGGCGCAGGUAACACAGGGGAGCCGUAAACAUGGACCCGCUGCCGACUACAGGCAUGACGACGACGACGACGAAGCAGCGGAGGACGAACUCAACAGCCUGAAGCGAUGCUACGAUGCCGAGAUGCAGAAGAGGGAUUUAGUGGAGACGGCACUAAUGGACAUCAGAGCAAAAAUCGCCGACUUCGAAGACAAAAUUGAGAAUCCCGAACACCAGGAUUCGGAGUGGAAGGUUCGCUAUGAGAUCCAGGUGGAGAGCAACCAGCAGCUGGAGAGGCAGGCCAUCCUUCUUCAGGAUCGUCUCGAUAAGGUUGCUCGAGGCGAGAACGUUCAGAACGGGGAGCUGGCAAAGCUCGUCAAGCGUUUGGCAAACGACAGAGACGUUAUGAACCGAGUUGCGCGCGACUACGAAUGGAGACUUGAACAGGAGGCAAACGUAAAACCAUCACCACCACCGGCAAAUACAUCGCACUGGCCAGGAUCAGGUAACUUUAACAGAACUGCGAAUCGUACAGGCAUUCAUAAGGCCCUACGAAUCGAGGAAGGUCUCCUGACAGAAUUUGAGGCCACACCAAACGACUCGCACGAGAAUCCAACCCCAAGAUCAGAUCGGCGGAAAGGAUGCUAUAAGAUUUGA